AUGUCAAACGUGGAAAGGAAGAAUUUCUGCGAGAAAAAACACGAUUUCAAUCAAAAUGUAAUCGAGCCGUCUAACACAUUCGAUCAAUUGUGCAACAUGAUAAACCAACUGGAAAAAGAUAGCAGUAUUGAAAUUGCGGAACACAAUCGAAUAGAUUUAUUGGCUACUGACAUAAAAUUCGAUGUCAAUUUAGAGCCAACAUUGUGCAAUUAUUCGGAACAUAUUGAACCCGAAAAAGAUGUCACCGCAAAUAAAUGUGAUUCAGCUGCUACGACUUACGAAGACAUAAUGUCUUUUUUAGAAAACCUUGAAAAUGAUGUGCAAGUGAAUAACAUUGCGGAAAAUGCAACAACUAUAAUCUCGUCGUGUCAAAAUCCAAGAAAUGACAUACAAAAUAGUCGGAUUUUCGACUGCCAGCAGAACGAUUUAGAGACUGCAAGAUUGCAGAUCGAGGAAAAGAACGCGACGAUAGAAUGUUUGAAAAAUCAAUUAAAAUCCGAGCGUAAGGCGGCAUGCGACAAAAUAAUGUCGCAAAAACGCUGUAACACUACCAAGAUGAAAGAGCUAGAGAACAAGUAUAGGACGAUCGUGAAACGUCACCAGAAGUUUAUCGAACAGCUGAUCGCCGAGAAGACGGAUCUCGCGCAGAAAUGCGAUUCUCUGGCGCGACAGAUAAAAGAUACAGAACAGAAGAUUCACCGAGAUUUGAAAGUAAUUAAUGAAAGACAUGCCGUCGAGCUGCAACGCGCGAAAGAAAACAUAGCUGCGUCCGAAAAGAUCCGACGCGAGCGAUGGCUGGAGAUGAAAACCUCGAAAAUUAAGGAAAUGACGGUGAAAGGAUUAGAACCAGAGCUGCACAAUAUGAUGGAACAACAUCAACGAGAGAUACAGGAGUUGAGACGCGCGCAUAUUAAGGAAUUGCAAGACACAGAGUUGCGCGCUAUGCGUAGAUCGAAUCAGCAGUUAGAGCAAUUGCGAAUCGAAUUGACGGACAACCAUGAGAAAAUGUUAGCCAAGGAGAAGGAUAUAUUAAUGAUAAGAUAUAAAGAAAAACUGGAAGAGCAAGAGGCGCACUAUCAGGUACAACAAAAAACAUUUAUGGAGCAUUUUGAAAGAGAGAAGUCUAUACUUAUUGCAGAGCAAAAAAAACGCGACCAGGAAACAAGCGUGAUCAUGCAACAAACGCAGUUACAUUUUCAGAAAGAAACAGAAAGAUUAAAAGAGCAACAAGAAAUUGCUAAGAGAAAUUUUGAGGACUCCUUGAGAAAUGAAUGGCUCGCAUGGGCAGAUGAUUAUAAAAAACAACAAAGCACAAAUUUUAUGAAGGCAGAGACUGCAAUUCGUAAUGAUUGUCAAAAGGAGAGAGACAAGCAAAUAGAGAUCGCUAUAGCUAAAUUGGAAAAAGAAUCUCGCGAGAUGCGGGCUAAGUUGCAACAAAGUUUUGAUAAUAAAUUAGAACUAAUGAAAGAAGAUUACGAUGCGAAAUUGCAAUCUGCAAUUAACAGUGAAAGCAUUCAUAAAAAAAAAUUAUUAUUAUUGGAAGAAAGAUUUAAAUGUACAGAAACUCAGUUUGAGAAGACAGAAAAUAGAUUGAAAGAAUGCAUGUCUAAUCUAAAUAAUAUGAAUGAGAUAAUCGUAAAAUUGACUACAGAAAAAGAUAAUGCAAAAGAGAUAGCAAGACAGGAAAUUGAGAUAGAGAAAAGAGAACUAGAAGACAAGAUUGCAUCGCUUUAUCAAGAAAUAAUUCAGAAUAAUGCUAAUAAAGAUCAAAUUAUGGCACAUUUGCAUAGCAGGAUAAAACUCGUAAUCACUCAAAAAGCUUUAACUAUAAAGACUCUUAAUAAAAAACUCCAUGAUGCUCAUUCAAGAUGUGAACACUUGGUAAAAUUAUUAGAUCAACAGAGAAAGGAAUAUAUUUUAAAAACUUUGUAAAUUUUAUUUACAUAUAAAUCUGUAUAUAUAUAUGCUAUCUGUAAAGGAUGAAUUGAUAUUUUUACACAUACACAACAAAAAUAGCCCCAUUAUGCAAAUUGUGUGCGUGUUUUCCUGUGAACAUGAAUUAUAUACUAUAAAAUAUAUUAGAUAAAUAAAAGAGAAUUGACAAUAUAUAUGUAAAUAUAUAAAACCAUACAAUAGAAAACAAAUUUACAUUUUAUAUUAUAUAGAUCAGAAAAGAAAAUGUGUGUUGAAGAAAAAGUUCAAGUGACAAAUAUCAAAUAUUACAUACAGCCUCAAGA